AUGCCGGCCGGCAACAAGCAACCGAGCAAUCCCAUACUGUCCUACCUAAGUUUGGCCACACUAACAGUGCAGAACGCCACUCAGACGUUAGUGAUGCGCUACGUCAGGACCAGGCCUGGCGACAUGUUUUUCUCGUCGUCUGCCGUCUGCAUGUCUGAGACCGUCAAGUGUAUAUUCUGUCUGGGGAUUAUUUUCGUACAGGAGAAGUUGAGUUUUAAAAAAUGGUGGGACCAUUUAGCUGUGAACAUGUUCAGAGAGCCACUGGACUGCCUGAUGAUCAGUGUGCCUGGCUUCCUCUACGUUAUACAAAAUAAUCUCCUUUACAUUGCUGCCUCCAAUUUGGAGGCGGCCAAAUUUCAGGUAGCCUACCAAUUGAAACUCCUGACGACAGCUCUGUUCAGUGUCAUCAUGUUGCAGAAGAAAUUAUCCAAACUUCAGUGGCUCUCUUUAAUCAUUUUGACCGUAGGUGUCGCUUUAGUCCAGCUGCCAACUUCAUCCACGUCCUCAUCAUCGUCGUCGUCAUCGGCAGCUUUAUCGUCGUCACCUCUAACGCCAGUUAAAACAGUUCAAAGCGAAGUAAAAGGUUUCGUUGCGGUUGUGGCCGCCUGCAUCCUAUCCGGAUUUUCCGGUGUCUACUUUGAAAAACUUUUAAAAAACACCCCGCAAUCCGUGUACGUCAGGAACGUACAGUUGGGAUUCUUAGGGAUGGUUCUGGGACUGAUCGUUUGCUACCUGAAGGACGGGAGCAAGGUUCAGAAACUCGGAUUCUUCUACGGUUACGAUGCAAUGGUCUGGCUGACUGUUAUGUUGCUGGCACUUGGCGGGCUCGUCGUGGCCGUCGUCGUUCGAUACGCCGAUAAUAUUUUAAAGGGUUUUGCGACAUCUGGUUCCAUAAUAAUUGCCUGCUUAGUUUCCAUGGUGUUGUUCGAUUUUCAGCCAAAUUCUCUAUUUUAUCUGGGGACAAUUUUCGUAAUGCUGUCCGUUUAUAUGUACAGUAAAUACGUCUACAGUGACGUUGGGAAGCCGUUAUCAAUGACUGCAAAUAAAUGA